AGGCGAACUAAAUUUCCUGAGCGGAUGUCAUGACGCUCCGGACAAGCUUGGGGCUAGCCAUCCGCCAGUUCAGUUCAACAGCUCGAGCGUGCGGGCACACGUCCAACAUCGGCAAAACGCCUAUACCGAUUCCUCCCAAUGUCACGUUGACACCGUCUCCAGCGUCAGUCGCUGUUCAAGGACCGCUGGGGUCGACCUCCGUCCGGCUCGAGCCUUACAUGCGACUUGCAUUUCCUCAACCGAAUGUCCUAACGAUAUCCGUGGAUAAUGCAGAGGAGAAGAAACAGCGUGCUAUGUGGGGACUGACGCGGACUCUCAUUAGCAAUGCGGUCGUUGGGAUGACCGAGGGGUUCACAGUACCCAUUUACUUGGUCGGCGUCGGGUACAAGGCAGUUUUGGAGGAGGACCCAAGAGGGACUAUAGAUGGUGGAGGUGGACAGAGACUCAGCAUGAAGCUCGGUCAUUCACACAACGUUUAUGUGCCCAUCCCUCCGUACAUCAAGGCCGAGGUUCCUUCCCCUACUAAGAUAGUGCUCAGUUGCACGGACAAGCAUCUACUGGGCCUUUUUGCUGCCAAAAUACGGAAGUGGCGGCCUCCUGAACCUUACAAGGGAAAGGGUGUCUUUGUCGGGAAUGAGACCAUACGUUUAAAAGCUGUCAAAAAGAAGUAGACUACCGUAUACCUCGUCGUAUUUCAUGUUCGUCUUCUGUUGGGGUCGGCGUCUCUGGUUGUGCAUCAAAAGACAUCAUAUAUGUGAU